GCGUUCGCGGUCACAAAGCGAGCAAACGCCGCAGUGACGGCAAGCAGCAGAGCAAAGAUCAGAGUAGACCUUGGGGGCGACCAGUGCAGACGGCCCGUGACUUGCGUCGAACGCUUCGAUCAUUCGAAAAGACGGUGCGUUGCCAGCAACCCAUCACUUCGCCCUGACAGUUCACUUCCGCGAUUGCAACAUAAAAAAAAGACUCUGCUUGGAAAUUUCUACCUGGACGUGACUUUCCACAGCGCUGCUGGACAUCUGCGGAACAUUGCGCGUUCGUCUUGGUGAGUGAGAUUUCUUCGAAACUUCCUGGGAGUUCCCCUGCUGAACAUCCCACCGAAUGACCGAAGGAAAGGAACUGUAUAAGACUGCUUCGUGGGACUAACAGACUGCUUAUACAUUUCAGAAAGUGCUGACGCGUCAUAACCACCUGAGAAAGUGAGUCCUCGAGGAGACGGCAGUGUCUGACGAUGUUGGAAAAGUCCCCAAGCUUACUCAAGACUGUCUGAAGACAGCGCGAAGCUCAAGUCGAGGACAGGUUCUUUACAAAAGCCCUGGCAACAAUGUUCUCGGCCUCUUGCAAGGCUGCCUCAUGUCUUCCUCAAGACCCAAGACAGAAGUAGAAGACAUUGCCUGAAGACAGCAAAGACAGUGAGUUCGCUCAAAUUUCGAGUUUUCUCAAGAUUGAGGGCCUUCAAAGUUUUGCGAAGCUUUUAGGUACACGCCAAAGCUAACCCUCGAAUUACCUCAAGAUUCAAGUUUGCUCAAGACUCAAGCCUUCCGCACAGUCUUGCAACGUCGACGAAGAUUCCAAGUUUUAAGGCUUCGUAAAGAAGGAAAGACAGAACUGUGAAGACGACCGGAGUGUGAAAAAUCUUCCGCCUACUGGAAGAAGGAGAUCCGAGGCGGACAACCAGACUCCUGAACACUGUGCAACGCAAGUUUGUGCUGGGCUAGCUUAACUGACGUUGUGUUUACAGGUGAAUGACUUGGAGAGGAUUGCCGAUUGUCGCAACCAAAGGUGCAACUUGGAUUAAUCACUGACGUCAAUGCAGUUACUACGCGUUGCCCUUCGGUGCACAUCUCGGACACAUUCGUAGCUAUUGAGUACGAUACUAUAUCUGCCAGAUACAAAAGGCUGAUUUGCUUUUCGAACUACCGGUGGCCCGCUAUCUCGUUACGAACACUGCGCACACAUGAAUCGUUGUCGGUGACGGUGGUGCAUUACGGGUACAAUUCAGCGCGCAUAAAUCGUGGAACCGUUUACUGUGCAUUGGAUUUAUGCACCGUUGGUCACUAUCUUUGUGAGGACUUUGUAUAAUCAGGUUCGCUGCCACAGGCGAAUGGAGUGUCCACUUUCUUGACUGUAUAUACACAUCUUCAAACGAACUCUUUCAACACAGCCGUAACCAUGGUAGCCGAGGAGAACGGAAAGCCGGUCAAGAACGGCUCGUUGAAGAAAAGCAACGGCUCACAAGGGAACGAUGUGGUCAAGAAGGCCGUCUUCAUUACGGGUUGUGACACGGGUUUCGGCCACGAGCUCGCCAAGCGUCUGGACGCCGCGGGUUUCCAAGUGCUCGCGGGCUGCCUCAACCCAUCCUCAGAGGGUGCCACCAUGCUCAGGGACUUUUGCUCGGCCUCGCUGCGCGUCCUGCACCUGGACGUGACGCGCGAGGAGCACUUCCGGCGAGCCUCCAAGACUCUGGCCGCCGAGCUCGGACCCAGGGGGCUCUGGGCGGUGGUUGCCAACGCGGGUAUGAUGAGCGCCGGCGAGCUGGAGUGGGGAAGCCUGGACGCUGCCCGCUACCUGUUCGAGGUGAACGUGUUCGGUGUCGUGAACACGGUUCGAACCGCGCUACCUUUCCUGCGCCGACAGCCAGGAUCCAGGGCCGUCAUCGUCGCCAGUGUAGCUGGUCGCCUCACGUAUCCUGGCCUGGCCUUCUACUGCAUGUCCAAGCACGCCGUGAUCUCCCUCGCCGACGGUCUCAGGCGUGAAAUGCGCAAGUGGGACAUCCUCGUCUCGACCAUCGAGCCCGUACUUUACAGGACCAAGAUGGCGAUGCCCGAGCACAUCCAGUGCACGGUCGACCAGUCCUGGCAGGACACCCCGGCCUCGGUGCGCGACGUGUACGGCAAGACGUACUUCGAGCAGUUCCGAUCCCGUUGCCUGGACUUCCUAUCGCGGCGCUGCCGCGAAGACCUCUACGAGGUCGUCGACAACAUGGUGCACGCCGUGAGCUCGCGCCGGCCGCGCCGGUCCUACUUCUGCGGUGGCGCCAAGGACAAGUUCCGAUUGGCCCUGCUCCGGCUCCUCUCCGUGAACACGGUGGACCGCCUGCUCUGCUCCAUCAACCAGAGUCACGUGGGCCGCUCCAUAUCCGACGGCUAGCUAUGGGUCUCCGCACGGGUCCCCUGGUAUAGCCACGGCGCAGCCUAUUCCACGAGUGUGGUCGUUCCUGUGAGGGCGGGCUUAAAGUGCACCUCCUAACCACACUCAUCCAUAAUAUGCGCUGUAUUUGGGCACAAGGAUAGUGACAUAUACGUCAUAGAUACUCUAGGAGCUUUGCGUAUGUGCAUAUACUAUAAAAGUGGAAGGAGGAAACACAUUUAUUAGCACGAAAGAAGUGGCUUUGGUGCGGGACCAGCUUGUUCCGCAAGUUCCAUCUAGCAGUGCUGGCUGCCCUCAGUCCAGGGCGCCGCAGGCAGUUGCCGCUCUGCGUGCCCUGUCGAUCAAACUGACUUGAUCGUCAAGGCUUUCGCUGGUCAGCAACUCCUCCCACCGCUCCAGACUCGCUUGGUCAAUGGAGGGGGGGGGGGGGGGGCAGGCCGAGGAUGGCUUGGCAUGUCCAUGUAGUGCGCAUUAAUGUUGGCUUCUCAGAGGGCAUAUGCGCACCUGAACGGUGAACUAAGCCCAGGGAAAAUAGACAUUGUCGCUAAAGAAACUUGAAGCACAGGCUUGGGCCGGAAAUGUUCAAGUGGUCAGUGAAAUCGAUGUUGGGAGGCCAUAUCCUGGCUUCCCGACUGUGCCAGCUUUCAGUGCUGGCUUCCUGCCGAUCUUGGCAAGGCUGAUAUGUGUAAGCUUCAGCACUGAAUCCCUCAAGGUUCCUUAUCAUGUCCUCUUAUCGUCUCCUCCACGAAUAACGAAGCACAUCGUCAUCCUGUAUAAGAAUUCUCAUUUUCCGCACUUAUCGCCGGUUACUGCAGAGGAUAAUAAAGGAGUCUUACACCAGCGUCAAACGGUCCCUUAUGAUCGUGGUCGGGCCUGAUCCGGAUCGAACUUAUUGAUCACGUUUCGCUCUUUUACGCAAGCUGCAGAAUGAAGCCAAUAGCUGUUGAGCAUUUUGAUCAGGAUCAGGCUUAAUCGCGAUCAGCAGUGCAUCGUGUGGCAACGGGGUAACAUUAUUCCUGGGUGAAAUAGGUGACUGUUGUUGUCACAAGGAUUCAGUUCGAACUUAUGCAACACCCAAGCAAGCUCUUUCAAGUUCGGAAAACAGUUCAUUAUGCCUGCCUUCUUUGAUAAACGCCACACCGGGUUCUCCUAUCUUCUUUACCAAACCUCAAACUAAGGUUCCUCUAGAAUGUGAAUGUUAGAGAGACGGGAGGGUGUUUUCAGACGUGGUGUGAACAUAGCGAGUGUCUCAUUCAAUGACUUCCUAAGAAUAUGCGCAAGCCUACAGUGACCAGGCUCGUAGCCGAGGGGGGGGGGGGGG